AUGGGGGGCGGAGUGGCACUGUUGGCUUCCCUGACCAUGGCUGCUGCGGUAGCGAGGGCGGUGCGGCGGUUCCCUCGCAUCGUGCUAAUCAGCAUACUGCUCGCGUCCCACCCGGUCUCCGGGAACCACGCUGAACAAGGACAUUCUCGUCAGCUUCCUUUCACCGGAGCGCCUAAGGAUCUCAUUCAUCGUCCAAUCAAGCACCUCGCGAGCCUCCUUCGGUCGAAACGAGUAUCGUGCGUCAACCUGGUCCGCGCCUUCCUCGACAGGCUGCGAGAAAUGGACCGCUUUCUCUCGGUCGCGAUGCACAUCUUCGACCGGGUUGCGAUCGACAUGGCGCACGACUUGGAUGACCAGCUCAGUCGUGGAUUGGAUCGAGGCCCGCUGAUGUGCAUUCCGUUCGGCGUCAAGGAUCAUCACCAGGUCUAUGACGAGCCGACCACCUAUGGCCACGUGCUAUACGGCGCGCACCAUACAGAUUUGUACACUGCGGGCGGCUAUGAUGCGCCAGUUCGCAACUUUGAGGAAGGAAUUCGAACAGCAAAGACUGUCCUCGUGGACUUCUACGAAUCCCAGCCCAACUGCUCGUCCAUCACAGAUGCAGACGAGGAGGUGCCCAUGAUGUCGCGCGAGCAGCUCCAGGAGCUCAUGCACAGCGUGCUAUUCGAUUUGCUGGCGUCCAUAAUGGCCCUGCUUGAUGUCAAGCACCGCCAGGCGAGGCGCGUGUGCAGCACGUGGCAUGCCGAGUGCAGCGCGCGCUCCAUCCGCGCCAUUCUCGUUCUUCGGUCUCGCUCUCGCCCCUGUUGGUCCGCUCCAUCCUUCGCGGUGGAGAGGAUGGAGGAAAGAGAGUGGAUCGUCGCGCUGGACCCGGGCACGCUCGAGACGCGCUUGACGUUUGGCGACUUUCAGAGUGGUGCUCUGCAUGGGAUGGCUGUCGUUGGCAAGGAGCUGUAUGUCGGCCACGAGCCGGACUGCAGCAUACGCGUCUUUUCCUUCACCGGCGAGCCGCUGCGCCAGAUCACGGGUGCGUUUCGAGUGCCGCACGUGCUCCGCUACUUCAUGCGGCGCCUGUACCUGCUCGAGUACAACGACGAGUUUCCACAUCUCGAUGAGAACGGUGAGGUCGACGAGAGCGAGGAGGUGACCGCAGAGCGGUAUCUGGCAGGGACGCGCGUCUUUGUGCUGACACCAGAGGGCGAUCAGCUGCAGGUGUAUGACUUACGACCACAGCUGCAGCGCCCAGGCGAAUUCGUGUUUGCGAUGAAUGUUUUCGGCGGGCAGCUUCUCAUCGCCACAAGCAGCCGCAGCUUGGACAAUGUCAACAGCACCGUUGACUCGAUGUUUGCACUGAGUGGCGUGUGA